GCACCUCCAAAUUAUGGAACUUCAGGUGAAGGUCUAGUGAGUGUCGUGAUGGGAGGUGUGGAAUUGUCACCAAUGACAUUAAGUCAAAACAUGGCCACGAGGAACAUACAGAAAGGAAUUACUUCGUGGCCAAUCGGAGCAGACGGAAUGGUGGUGGUUCCCUACAGGUGCGAAGGUGCGGUCAACUUGACGCGCUUGGGGCCAGCGCUGAGGUCCUGGGAGAAGGACUCAUGUGUGAGAUUCCGCGAGAUGGCGGCCAGUGAAAAGCUGCACGACACCUACCUCCUCAUUAGAGCAUCCACACACUGCCAAAGCUUACUGGGCAUCUAUCCGAAAGCUACCUUACUGGAAAUAACUGAUUCCUGUGGGGUAUGGCUGUGCCUUGCAUUUGUAAUGAGAACCAUGAUGUUCACCUAAAUCCGAUCUCAACCCAAUCUCAUAAACUUAAAACAAACCUAAUAAUGCGCUAUUCGUCUAUCUUCGUCUUAUACUAUAGUUUCAAGUUCUUCUUCCUCUUUCUGGCAGCUCAAUGCCACCAGUCUUUUCCCCAUAAAAACAAAAACAUCUCGUAUCACAGACAUUAUAAAUGGAUACGAAGAACAUAUACCAUCAUAGUACUUUCAAAGGGCCGUAUUAUUGAAGAUAUUUGCAAAUUCGUACUGCCGUCCACUAAUCACUGAUAUUUGGAACGCACCAAUCACAGACGAGAAAUCGGCCGAUACGUGUACUUAGUUUUGAUUAGCACAUAACUUUGAUAGUACGGCUCGAGAAAGCUAGUAUA